AGGCGUAGUUGGCUUGCACGUCAUUAGCUGACGGACCUAAUCAUCACAUUCAAGUCUUUCUAACAGAGAUUUGUAGUUAGUCCCCGAGUCAAAAUGUAAAGCUCGUUAUUGUGUCUGUUUAUGAUGAACUAACUCUUCUGUAAACCAAGAGAGGAGUUAUAAUGAGUUCAGAAGGAGACAGACGGCGAUCCUCCAGGAAGUCUCGGGCUCCUCAUCCUGCCCUCUCUCAGGUGUGUAAGGACGUGAAAAAAGAGACUUGGAGAGAUGGAGGAACAUUCGAUGGGUCAGAAGUUUGUGUGAAGGAAGAGGAGACGCUGGAGCUGAACAUCUACAACCAUGUCCUCGACCUCCACACCACACCUGAAUUUCUCUCCAUUAAAGAGGAAGAUCCUGACAGUAAAGACUACCUCUAUUGUGAGGUUUGCAAAUCCUUCUUUAACAAGUGUGAGGUUCGUAGACCACCCCUUUAUAUCCCUAAUACACCUGUUCCUAUUGGAGUUACUGACCGACCAAGACAAACUCUUCCUCCUGGACUAGAGAUUCUGAAGUCCAGUAUUCCUGGCAGAGUCUUGGGAGUGUUUAAUAAGGGGGAGACCGUUCCAGUAGGUGCGCACUUCGGACCCGACCAGGGAGAGCUGGUAGAUUGGGAGGAAGCUAUGAACAGUGGAUACUCAUGGGUGAUAGAAAGGGGCAGGCAGUGUAAAGAAUACAGAGAUGCCAAAAGACAAACCUGUGCAAACUGGAUGAGGUAUGUGAAUUGUGCCUGUAAUAAUGAAGAACAGAAUCUUGUGGCAUUUCAGUAUCGAGGGGAAGUUUUGUUUCAUUGCUGUCGCCCCAUUAACCCAGGCCAGGAACUCUUGGUGUGGUCUGAAGAGGAGUAUGCCAAAGGAUGCAGUCCUGUGUUUGACCACUUUUGGAACAAAAACUACUCAACAAAUGAAUUAAACAAUGCUCUGUUGGAAGCCUUUUCCUGCUUCGCUUGUCCUUUUUCCCAUGCAUCUCAAAUUUACCUAGACAGACACAUCCAGAGAUGCCACCAUAAAGAGUAUGCAAGACUUCAGGAAUCUGGAGAAAUUAAAUAUGAGCUACAGAUUCCUUCCAAAGGCCCAAGUAGCCAGCCAACAUCAUCUGAUCCUCUAAGUUCUGACAAUUCUCACAGUGAUAAACAGAAGGACAAUCAUCACUGCUUAGACUGUGGAAGGAGUUUUGGUAAUAGGAAUGCCCUUAAAACCCACAAUUGCAGUUCUGCAGGAGAAAAGCAACAUCACUGCUUUCAGUGUGGAAAGAGUUUCUAUCGGUUAAGAAAUUUUCAGCAACAUCAGCGCAUUCACACAGGAGAGAAGCCUUAUCACUGCUCACAGUGUGGGAAGAGUUUUAAUCAGCAGAAUGCUCUUCAGAAACACCAGCGUAUUCACACAGGAGAGGCGCUGCAUCACUGCUCACAAUGUGGAAAGAGUUUCAAUCGAAAAUUUAAUCUGCAAAAACAUGAGCAAAUUCACACAGGAGAGAAGCCGUAUCACUGCUCACAAUGUGGAAAGAGUUUUAAUCAGCAGAACGAUCUUCAGCGACACCAGCGCAUUCACACAGGAGAAAAGCCGUAUCCCUGUUUGCACUGUGGAAAGAGUUUUAAUCAGCAGAAUGAUCUCCAGCGACACCAGCGUAUUCACACAGGAGAAAAGCCGUAUCGCUGCUUACAAUGUGGAAAGAGUUUUAAUCGAAAAUUUAAUCUGCAAAAACAUCAACACAUUCACACAGGUGAAAAACCGCAUCACUGCUCACAAUGUGGAAAGAGUUUUAAUCAGCAGAACGAUCUCCAGCGACACCAGCGCAUUCACACAGGAGAGAAGCCAUAUUGCUGUUCACACUGCGGAAAGAGUUUUAAUCGGCAGGAUCGUCUCCAGCUACACCGGCGAAUUCACACAGGAGAGAAGCAGUACCACUGUUCAUAUUGUGGAAAAAGUUUUAAUCAACAGCGUGAUCUUCAAACCCACCAGCGCAUUCACACAGGAGAGAAGCCGUAUCACUGCUUGCAAUGUGGAAAGAGUUUCAAUCAGCUGAGUCACCUCCACACACACCAGCGCAUUCACACAGGGGAUAAGCCACAUCACUGCUCGCAGUGUGGGAAGAGUUUUAAUCAGCAGAAUGAUCUCAAGAGACACCAGCGCAUUCACACAGGAGAAAAGCCGUAUCAAUGUUCACUGUGUGAAAAGAGUUUUAAUCGAAAAGAUGGUCUUCAACAACAUCAGCGCAUUCACACAGAAGAUAAGACUUAUCGUUCACAACAUGAAAAGAGUUUCAGUCAACAGAGUGAUCUCAAGGAACACCAGUGUCUUCACGCAAAAGAGAAGCCGUAUCACUGCUCACAAUGUGGAAAAAGUUUUAAUCGAAAAUUUAAUCUCCAGAAACAUCAGCACAUCCACACAGGAGAGAAGCCGUAUCACUGCCCACAGUGCGGAAAAAAAUUUAAUCAGCAGAACGAUCUUCAGCGACACCAGCGUAUUCAUACAGGAGAAAAGCCGUAUCACUGUUCACACUGUGGGAAGAACUUUAAUCGAAAGGAUCGUCUUCAACUACACCAGCGCAUUCACACAGGAGAGAAACUGCUUUACUGUUUGCAGUGUGGAAAGAGUUUUAAUCAACAACGUGAUCUUCAAACACACCAGCGCAUUCACACAGGAGAGAAGCCGUAUCACUGCUCGCAGUGUGGAAAGAGUUUCAAUCAGCGGAGUCAUCUCUACACACACCAGCGCAUUCACACAGGAGAGAAGCCAUACAACUGCUCGCAGUGUGGGAAGAGUUUUAAUCAACAGAAUGAUCUCCAGCGACACCGGCGUGUUCACACCGGAGAGAAACCGUAUCACUGUUCACUGUGUGGUAAGCGUUUUCAUCGAAAGGAUCAUCUCCAACAACACCAGCGCAUUCACACAGGAGAGAAGCCGUGUGACUCUUAAAAGUGCGGAAAGAGUUUUUCUGAUUCUCUAUGAUCUCAGCAAACAUGAGCAUGUUCACAAAGGAAAGAAGCUCAUCAUUGGUUGGACAGACCAGUGAAACGAGUUUGUUAUCAGAAUUACCUUAAAAGGAAUCACAGGAAACAAACCUUAUCUUUGCAAACAGAUGCAGCAGUGAACUAACUCAGAGACACUUCAGAAAUCAAAGUUGGCAAAUUAAUUUUUAGCAUCACUGCUAAAAAUGAUCUGUAUCUUGAACUGUACAUUUUGUCUUUGCUUUACAUUCACUGUACAAGGAAUGGUGCAAUUUAAAGCACAGCAAAUUACAGUGCUUUACAUAAUGCAUUAUACAGUUUUUCUUUUAAUAAUUAAAAAUUGUUAAGAUAAAACAUAAAUAAAACCAAUUUAUAUUGGUUACAUAACCAAAAAUACAUAAUUAAUAUAAUGAAUAAAAGAGUAAUUAAAAGGAGUAGAAAAACAUUAGUAGUUUUAAAAGUGGGCACAUUUGGGGCAAGUCUGAGUUCCAAAUGAAGCUGAUUCUAGCGGCAGGUGGUGUAAGGGCUGAAAUCACUUUUACCGUAUUAAGUUCAGCCUCUGGACACCACUAGCUGACCAGUUCCUGCAGAUCUGAGAUCCGUACCAGGUGUGUAUUUGGCAAACAUCUAGCUGAUAUAUUUUGGGUCCAUAACUUUGGGAGAUGUGUAAACUAGUGAUUGUUCGUUCAUGAUCAAUUCAUUCUUUUUAAAUGGGUCAUUCGGAGAGUUAUUCAUUCGUUUGUUUUUUGUCACGAUUCCCAUAGACGCUAUGCAAUAGAUUUAAAAAAAAAGAACGACUCUGGCUAGAAGAUAUGAGUGGUGAGCUGCUCAUUCUGUUUAUUAUAACAUGUCCUUAGCUGCAUUGUAAUAUUUUAAUUACUGGAACAAUAGCCAAAAAUUUUGUAUGUAGACGUGUUACGGGUCUGUUUAUUGAAAAUGUAAUAUUUUAAUUAAUAUCAAAAGAACGAAAUGAACAAAACGACUUAAAAAAGAUUUGUUCAUUUUGAUGAACGAGAUUCAAAGAACUAAGUCACUAAAAUGAUCCAAACUUCCCAUUACUAGUGUAAACACUAAGCAGGGCCUUAAAUUCUAUUCUAUAUUUAACUGGUAGACAGUAAGGGACUUGACUUUGGAGUAAGGUGUUGUCUCUUCUUAUAUAUAAUAAUUUGUAAAUGCCUAAUGGUGUUAUUAGAAAGGUUGGUCAGGAGUGCAUUACAGUAGUCCACACUACAAGAAAUAAAAGUGU